AGCCGUUUUGGCACAAGCCUUUUGCCUGAGUUGCUUUGGAUAAUUUGUUCAUCCCUCGCAUCUUAGGGUUCUUGGCCGACGGACGCGAUGGCAGGCGCUACCCCGCUCCCGCGUGCGCUAUGGUGUUGUGCGGCGUGGGUUGCGACGUCACCGUCGGUGCACACCGCCACGGCGGCGGCGGCGGCGGCAUGCACAACUGACGGAGAUUGCUCCUUGAACGGCGCUUGUCAGAAUGGUGUGUGUGCCUGCGACAAGCCAUGGUCAGGGCCUGCAUGCGACUCGAUGGCCUUCUUACCCGUGGCCCCCGUGCAGGGCUACGGCAUGAGCCCCAACCUCACCACUUGGGGUGGCAAUGCAUUGUAUGAUGAGAAGACGCAGGAGUACCAUCUGUUCGUUAGUGCCAUGACCAAUGGGUGCCCGUUAUCGACGUGGGGCGGCAACUCUCGGAUCGAGCAUGCCGUCGCCAAGACCAUAACAGGUCCAUACACUUUCAAGGAUGUGGCCAUCAACACGUGGGCGCACAAUGCGGCCCCCGUUGCGCUGAAAGACGGUACGUACGCCAUCUUUCACAUCGGCACGGGUGCCGGACCACCAGAUGGAGGUAAGAAUUGUUCGCAGGACCGUGCGGUUGGCGUGGCUUACGCAGAGGAGGAUCGACAGCGCGAUCUGCAGGACAUGGCCAGCAACGAGCCGUCGGCGUCAGCCGGCUCCACCAUCCACUAUGCAGCUUCCUUGGACGGUCCCUGGCUUCCUUUGAAGGUCAACACGCUGGGGGGGUGCAACAACCCGGCCCCGUGGGUGCACAAAAACGGCACGAUCUACAUUGUGUGUGGCGGCUCCUUCAGGCGCUCUGAGAGCAUAUCAGGGCCUUGGACAACUGUCGCCACUUUCUCCCAUGCUGGGGGUCCGCCUGGGCACUACGAGGACCCAUUCUUGUACAACACUGAUCGGGGGUGGCACUUGAUCUACCACGUGUACAACACCGUUGAGCAUCCGCCCCACGGCCACGAGUGCGUCGACUCGACAGUGUCGGCACACGCCUUUUCUGAAGAUGGGUUUACGUGGCGCACCUCCGCCGUACAGCCCUACGGCACACAGGUCAAGCUCACUACUGGUGAAACAGUUACCGUCGCUACUCGCGAGCGGCCAAAGCUGAACUUCAACGUGGCUGGACAGAUGACGCACCUGUUCAACGGCGUCUGCGGUGCCGCCGCUUGUCCGCACGGACCGAAGACAGGCUGCGUGGAUUGUAAGUACGGGUAUUGGGAUUACACGUUGGUGCAACCCCUGGAUCUGGGCACAGCUUCUUCAGAUGAGCCGCCAGCGUUCGUGGUCUGAGGUGCGACACUUACUUUGUUCCACAUCGGUUCCUGAUCCGAACGGGCGCUGGCGCCAGUUGUGCUCAGGCCUUGCCAGCUAUCGUUUUCGGAUGUGCCCCCCAAACAGUGCCUGCACAGGGGCUCCUGCUUAGCUCACUCGAGGAGCUGGAUGUGAUGGGCCUGAUUUCCUCCUCCUCCUCCUCCUCCUCCUCCUCGUCCUCCUCCUCCUCCUCCUCCUCCUCCUCCUCCUCCACCCCCUCGCCCCCUCCAACUUCUGGUGGUGGUCGUG